AUGCUGCCUCUAAGAAGCAAUAGAAAGGCUCUAAACAUGAAACUCUCUUGGCUUGUGAUCUGGGCUGGCACACUGUUUUUGAAUCCAGUCACUGCUGACUGCAACAUUACUUCUCAAACUGUCACAUGUGAGGAGUCUGGAAAGAACCUCUCUAAUAUCCCCACUAAUCUUUUCCAAAAUGUUACUAAAUUAAGCCUCAAAAAUAAUAAAAUCACUUUAAAAAGUGACAAAGACAUUCUUCGAAGUUUUAUUAACCUCACUGAACUUUAUCUGAAUGAAAACAUGAUUACUGUACUGUAUAAUAACAGCUUCUGCAAUCUGACAAAACUCGUAAUUCUGGAUAUCAGCAACAAUCAUAUUAGCACAGUUCAUAAAGCAGCAUUUGCAGGAUUAAAUCAACUGUCAGUGUUGAAUCUGUCCUAUAACGCGAUUACUCAACUAGAUUCAGAUGUAUUUACUUCUCUAAAAAGUCUGACAGUUUUAAAUCUACAGUAUAACUUUCUGAAAUCUUUUCAUAUCAAAUCAUCUUUUAAGUUGAUUAAAACCGUUUUAGCUGGAAACCCAUGGACCUGCUCCUGUGACCUCCUUGAUUUACAGAAAUGGCUAACUGCCUCCAAUGUGACAAUUGAAAAUGAAAACAGCACUACAUGUACAUUCCCAAACAGCACAGAAAAAUUGUCCAUCAGGAUGGUGGCUAUCCAACAAGCCGACUGCAAAAUUGAAAAAGCUUCUUUAGAAAACACUGUAACUUUCACUGCUGCCAUUAAGCUUAAAAGAAGUGCCUCACCAACAGCUCUGACUCCAAACAACAUCACUGGAAGCAAUGGAACACAUGCAGAGUUACCACUUCUUGGCAAAAGUUGGACCUUCCUAGCAGGUGUCCUAGGGUUUGUCCUAAGCACUACGCUCCUGAUUUUUACUGCUAUAAAAUGCCCGACAUGGUAUCACUAUUUGAUCAGCUACAGUCACCGUCGUCUGGAAGAAAAUGACUCAGAGAUGUUUGAAUGGGAGCUCUCAGCUGACAUGAGUUCUUCUCCUACAGUAUCGGGUAGAAAUGACGAAAAUUCCAUAGUAACAUUUGAGAAAAUUCAUGCAUUUGUGCCUGGGGAAGAUGGAUUUAUUGAGGAUAAACACAUAAAUUCUCAUGUAACUGAGGAGAGUUAA